GCACCCGUGUCCUCGGGGCUCAGGGGCCAACGCACGCAGUCAAGCGCAGCUCUCUGCCUGCUGCCAGUCUCGCCUGCGAUCCCGGCCCGGGGCUGUGGCGUCGGUUCGGACCAAAGCAGCCAGAACCCGCGCGGGAGCCGGAGCACCCUCGGAGGAGCUCAGAAGGCAUGCUGAGCCCCCUCCUCGACUGAAGCCGGAGUGCCCAGAAGCCCCGGCCAAGCAAGCGCAGGCUAAGGAGACCCAGGCGGCGAAGGCGCGAGCCGGUGGCAGCGCAGCAGCGGAGGAGCAAGAGGAGGCGAAGGCAGAGAGGGGACCCCGAAGAAGUGGUGGUGGUGGGCGUCGUGGCCAUGGCGGCGGCUAUCGCCAGCUCGCUCAUCCGGCAAAAGAGACAAGCCCGCGAGCGCGAGAAAUCCAAUGCCUGCAAGUGUGUCAGCAGCCCCAGCAAAGGCAAGACCAGCUGCGACAAAAACAAGUUAAACGUCUUUUCCCGGGUCAAACUCUUUGGUUCCAAGAAGGCGCAGAAGGGAGACCCAGAGCCUCAGCUUAAGGGGAUAGUUACCAAACUCUACAGCCGACAAGGCUACCACUUGCAACUGCAGGCAGAUGGAACCAUUGAUGGCACCAAAGACGAGGACAGCACUUACACUCUGUUUAACCUCAUCCCUGUGGGUCUUCGAGUGGUGGCUAUUCAAGGAGUUCAAACCAAGCUGUAUUUGGCAAUGAACAGCGAGGGAUACUUGUACACCUCGGUGAGUCUUUGUGUGCAUGUUUUUACAAUUUGUGUUUUCAUCUGAUAUGAAAGAAAAUGU